GGGCACUCCGGUUUCCUCCCACAUCCCCAAAACAUGCAUGGUAGGUUAAUUGAUUGCCCGUAGGUGUGAAUGUGAGUGCGAAUGGUUGUUUGUUUGUAUGUGCCCUGCGAUUGGCUGGCAACCAGUUCAGGGUGUACCCCGCCUCCUGCCUGAUGACAGCUGGGAUAGGCUCCGGCACGCCCGUGACCCGAGUGUGGAGAAGCGGCUCAGAAAAUGGAUGGAUGGACACUAAAUGUGCCUGAAAGUAUGAUCCCAAAACACAUAAAUAGCACUUCAAACACUUAUAAACACAUUGCUGUACCCUUAAAAAUACAGUACUCGGAAAAAUACAGUACUCGGAACCCAUGUAAAGGUUUCAUCGCCUUAUCAUCUUAUUACAUGCAACAACAUUGAUGGAUGACUAGUUUUGAAAUCAGAAGUGAAGGAUAAUACUCGGAUAAGACGCCCGUCAGGAUGUCCAAACCGGCCCGUGGGGUAAGUUUUAGUUCAUUUGUCCAUAUAGACUCUUAUUUUCAAACCCUCGCUUUUAUUUUGGUACAAGCACCGUAGAACCGGAAGUGCUGAGAAUCGGAGCUGAGAGAGAAAAAAGACUGCAUACCAUCACAUCUGCGCAGUAAGACGUUUUGUGUAACUGCCGCAGAAGCGUCGGCUGUAUUACCUCAUAUAUUGUUUGUUAAUUCCAUGUGAAAGUGCAGUUAAAAGUUUGUGAAGUUACAUGGGGCAUGUUUUAUUCAAUUGCUUUAAGUGACUGUGAGUGUAGUGGUACAGGCUGCUGCCUUAAACGCAGAUGGCGUGCGUCCGAUUCCCUGUCAGUGCACCAAUUCCGAGCCAGUCCCGGUCCCGAGCCCGGAUAAAAAUCCGCGGAUUGCGUCAGGAAGCGCAAAGUGUAAAAACUGCCAAACAAAUCAUGCGAGUGACUCGCUGUGAUGACUCAUGAUAGGGAAUAAAAUUAAAAGUUACUUCUUUAGUGAGUACAAGCUAAUUUGAUGACUGAUAAUAUGUUUGUAAAUGGAGUCGGGCUGCUUACCUCAUAUAGAUUCAUUGUUUGUGUUUUAGCUCAAUUAUGCCAGCUUUUUUUGGCUAGGUUCCUUUUUAAAUCUAUGUAAAUUUAAAAAGUUAUUUUAUAAAAGACGGUGGACGACCGGUUAGCACGUCUGCCUCACAGUUCUGAGGUUGCGGGUUCAAAUCCAGGCCCGCCUGCGUGGAGUUUGCAUGUUCUCCCUGUGCCCGCGUGGCUUUCCUCCGGGUACUCGCAUCCCAAAAACACGUGUGGUCGGUUGAUUGAAGACUCUAAAUUUCCCGUGGGUGUGGAUGUGCACGUGAACGUUAGGCGGCACGGUGGCCGACUGGUUAGAGCGUCAGCCUCACAGUUCUGAGGACCCGGAUUCAAUCCCCGUCCCCGCCUGUGUGGAGUUUGUCUGUUCUCCCCUUGCCUGCGUGGGUUUUCUCCGGGCACUCCGGUUUCCUCCCACAUCCCAAAAACAUGCAUUAAUUGGAGACUCUAAAUUGCCCGUAGGCAUGGCUGUGAGUGCGAAUGGUUGUUUGUUUCUAUGUGCCCUGCGAUUGGCUGGCAACCAGUUCAGGGUGUAACCCGCCUCCUGCCCGAUGACAGCUGGGAUAGGCUCCAGCACGCCCGCGACCCUAGUGAGGAGAAGCGGCUCGGAAAAUGGAUGGAUGGAUUUUAUAAAAGGGAGGUUUGACUCUGUGCUCGACUGCUGAGUCCCCACACUACGCAGCAGCGGCAGCAGCAGCAUGGCAGCUACGAGAUCCCAGGACGGGGCUGAAUCCGAGCCAGGCGGAAUGGCAGCAGGGCUGCAGGCAUGCGUGUCCGACAUGCUUGCCAUCAACGGACCAAACACGCAGCAAAACACUCUGAUAUACACACAGAACUCCGUCCAAGAUCCGUUUAUGGACAGAAAUAUUCACAAGAACAAGACGGUCCACCUGCAGCGUGAGCUGGAGCGAGGCUGGAGCAUCGUGCCCGCUCCCCUGCAAACAAGGGCCCCUGCAAUGGACCCAUGCGUGGUAUCAGCUAGAGAGCCUGCAUACAGUUUCCGUAGCCCAGAGUCAGUGGAGAUGGAUGAGAUCAUGGCGGCCAUGGUCCUGACCAGCCUAUCCUGUAACCCUGUGCUCCAGAGUCCUCCACAGACAGAAACUGGAACAGUUGGCUACUCAUCGUCAGCUGACAUGGAGUGCGGCGGCGGCGAGCUCUCCGACAGCGGCAGCAGCGGCUACUGGAGUUGGGAUCACGGCAAUGUGAGCCCGGCCCCCUCGCUAUCCGUCCCGGAGAUGGACAGCAGCCCGGAUGAAGGCCUGAACAUGGAGUUGGAGCAGGGGGAGGAGAUUAAUACCAAAAAGCCAAAGAGCUCUUUCAAAGGUUUGUACAAGUGUCUGUGGCCCAGCUGUGGCAAGGUGCUCACAUCUUCCGUCGGAAUCAAAAGACACAUCCGAGUCCUGCAUCUGGGCAAUGGGUCAGAUCAGUCGCAGAGAGAAGAAGACUUCUACUACACUAAGAUCUCCUGUGAGGCAGUGGACAACAGCAUUGCACUAGUUCCUUCCCAGCAGGCUCUGGGACAAGCAACCCCUCUCAGCUGGGCCUCGUGCAGCUCACCAACCGGUUUGGCUGUUCAGAUCCCGACGGCACACAGGCCAAGGUCCAACUCCAACUCUGGCCUGGGCACAAGCCGGCCCAGUCCGCUCAGCCAGUCGGCCCCCAGCAGCUUCUGGCAGAUCCACACAGAGCAUCUCUAUCAGGCCUGUAGCCCUGUCCAGGCACCCGUGGCCCCAAGAAGUCCAGGGUGCCACACUUUGACCACCCCAACCGCAGCCUCUGGCCACAAUAACGCUCAGAUGGUGAAACCUCGCUGUCGGUCUGUCAGUGUCGGGGAGCAAUGGCUCCAACAGAACAGGCUCCAGACAAUGAGCGCGUCGCCCUCGCGCACUCACUGCUCUUUCAGGAAAGGUCGCGGGGAGGCCAAGAAAUGUCGCAAGGUCUACGGAGUGGAGCGCAAGGACCAGUGGUGCACUGCCUGCCGUUGGAAAAAAGCCUGCCAGCGUUUCCCCGACUAAACUGCACAGUGGAUGGAUGGAUGGACGGAUGCAUGGAUGGAAGGAUGGAUGGAUGGAUGGAUGAUAAAAUACAAUUUUAUCAAAAAAGCGGAUAUAGUGUAUAUAACAGCCAAUGAGAAAGAAAUUCUUUUCACGUGUCAUUGUUUUUGUUGUUGUUGUUUCUU